GCCUUUUUCUUAGCCAUGUCCACCUCUAGAACCUCAGAUACAUCCUUCAAAGGAUAUGAACCCAAUCAAACCCAAAUGUGUCUAUCUCUUCUUCAACGCAAUACAUCAACUCCUUCUGGUGAAAGAAGGGGGAGAAGGAAGCAAGCAGAACCGGGUAGGUUUCUUGGGGUGAGAAGGCGUCCUUGGGGUAGAUAUGCUGCUGAAAUUAGAGACCCUACAACUAAAGAAAGGCAUUGGCUUGGCACAUUUGACACUGCUCAAGAAGCUGCUCUUGCUUAUGACAGAGCUGCUCUUUCCAUGAAAGGCAACCAAGCAAGAACCAACUUUGUUUACUCUGACAAUAUCAAUUUUCACAAUCUUCUUUCUCCUAUGGAUGUUCAAGCUCUCUUGCCACCUUCACAGUUCAUCACUAACACUCAGAGCAAACAACCAACCAAUCAAAAUAGCCAGCCUCAGCUUAAUACUUCCCACGGUGAAAAACCUCUCUCUCCAUUGAACAAUGACAUGUGUGUUGAAACUGCUGCUCAUGGAUCAGUUCAGGAUGAUAGUUUCUUCUUUCCCAAUGAUUCUAACUCGGGCUAUCUGGAAUGCAUAGUUCCUGAUAAUUGUUUCAGGCCUGCUUCCAGUACCAACAGUUCAAACUCCAGAAAGAGCAAUGUUAGCUCCGUUAACACAAGCUUCAUGGAGAGUCAAUCAAAUCUUGACAUGGCUUCAUUCUCACAAGAAGCCAUGAAGAUGCCACCAAGGGCUUCUAACUUUUCAGAUUUUUCUUAUCCAAGUGAACUGAGUCAAGGAUUAUGGGAUGAUCAGCAUUCAUGGGAUUGGGAUUCUAGUGAACUUUCAGCUAUAUUUAAUAACCCAUUGAGGGUUGAAGAUGGGUGCAUGGAUACACUGUAUCCUAUCACUGACAGUCCAAGCUAUGGGCUAAUGAAUCAAGCUGCUUCAUCAAGUACCUUUUGUCCAUCACUUCCACCCUUUGGGGACGUAGACUUGGGAUACCCACUCUUCUGA